AUGUCAUCUGCCCAAAAGCUUAAGCAGAAGCUCUUUGGACAAGGUAACCAGUCGCAGCAGGACUUGACAAACCUCACCAUCAACAUUCCCGCUGCGAGGAGCAGUACCUCACAGCCCAUACUCCCAAAAUCGAAAUCACAUUAUGAAGCUGGUGGCAGUCCACGCACCCGAUCGGCAGAUGGCUCGCGCUCCGCAGGGGCCCGUGAGCCGACGUACCGCUCUCAAAUCCUAAGGAAACUAGGCACACAGUACACAUCUGUGGAGGAAUACCGUCUUGAUCAGGAUAGAGAUCGUGAAAGACACUGGAAACGUUGGGGCCCUUAUCUAAGCGAAAGGCAAUGGGCAACUGUUCGAGAAGACUACUCUGCUAACGGUGAUGCGUGGUCUCAUUUCCCGCAUGAUCAUGCCCGUUCGCGCGCUUAUCGAUGGGGGGAAGAUGGAAUCGGAGGGAUCUGUGAUAAUCAUGGACGACUUUGCUGGUCACUUGCUUUGUGGAAUGAAGAGGAUGAUAUUCUUAAGGAACGACUGUUUGGUGUCACUGGGCACCAGGGCAAUCAUGGUGAAGAUGUGAAGGAGCUGUAUUGGUACCUUGAUUCUACGCCUACACACUCUUUCAUGAAGUUUCUAUACAAGUAUCCACAGUGCAAAUUCCCAUACGAUCGCCUCGUGCAGGAAAGCGUGGCUCGGAGCCGUGAGGUAAAUGAAUUCGAAUCAAUGGAUACUGGGAUUUUCGAUGACGAUCGCUACUGGGAUGUAUUCAUCGAAUAUGCGAAGGACGCGGACGACCCUCAAUCUAUCUCGAUUCGUGUCACCGCGUAUAAUCGCGGCCCAGAUCCUGCGAACUUGCAUAUCAUUCCUCAACUCUGGUUCGCAAAUACAUGGUCAUGGUCGUUACCAACUCCGCCGCGUCCCGUCAUACGCGAGGCAUCCCCGGGGGUCAUCACGGCUAGACAUUCCGAACUCAGCCGCAUGAAUAUGUAUUGCUCACCUUCUCCACCCCCCGUCGACGCACAAGGUCACUGGGACUCGGAAGAAAACGGGAGCGAUGAUGACGACGAUAGCAUCAUUCCCGAACUGAUUUUCACCGAGAACGACACCAAUUUCCAAAGACUAUAUGGCGGUCAAAACAAGGCGCCUUUCGUAAAGGACGCGUUCCAUGACCACAUUAUUUCAGGACACCGGCCUGUAGUCCCGUCCAAAGCUCCCGACUUGGUCCAACAAAGCUUCCGCACCAGCGCUAGCAGUGAGAGUUCCGACGAAUCUGAUUCAGGGACACCUCACCCAGAACCACAGUUUGUAAACCCUGACAAGACUGGCACCAAAGCAGCCGCGCACUACAGUUUUAGAGACGUGCCUGGUCGUGGGGGAUGCGUUGUAGUCCGGCUGAAGUUGACACCCAAUUCACCUUCAAAGGAUCCUGCGAUUAACGAUGAGGAGCUGUUUGAUCUUUGCAUAGAGGAGCGACGGACAGAAGCUGAUGAAUUCUACAAUCAGGUUGCCGGACCUGGGAUUGGGAGCCCUGAUUUGAGGAGUAUUAUGAGGCAGGCCCUAGCCGGAAUGUUAUGGUCAAAGCAGUAUUAUCAGUUCAUCCAGAAUGAAUGGUUGCAGGGGGAUCGCGCUCAGCCACCACCCCCGCCAGAGCGAAAAUGGGUUCGCAACAAGGAAUGGCGGCACCUUCAUAUUGCAGAUGUCCUCUCCAUGCCGGACAAGUGGGAAUAUCCCUUUUUCGCCGCGUGGGACACUGCGUUCCAUUGCAUUCCCCUUGCGCUCGUCGAUCCGGACUUCGCGAAAAAGCAGCUUGACCUAUUCACCCGGGAGUGGUAUAUGAAACCAGAUGGCCAGAUACCGGCGUAUGAGUGGAAUUUCUCGGACGUCAAUCCACCGGUGCAUGCCUGGGCGACAUUCCGCGUGUUCAAAAUCGAACGCAAGCUAUAUGGAAGGGAAGACCUCCAAUUCCUUGAACGAGUCUUCCAGAAGUUGUUACUUAACUUCACAUGGUGGGUUAACCGAAAAGAUAAGGAAGGGAAGAACGUCUUUGAAGGCGGUUUCCUUGGACUGGAUAAUAUUGGCGCGUUCAAUCGUUCAGAGGCACUCCCUAAUGGUGGCACACUUCGGCAAGCGGAUGGAACAGCUUGGAUGGCCUUUUUCUGUUUGAACAUGUUGAACAUGGCGCUCGAGCUAGCGAAACACAAUCCAGUCUACGAGGACAUUGCAUCGAAAUUUUUUGAGCAUUUCAUCUUCAUCGCGGAUGCUAUGACGUAUAGUUUGGAAGACGGAGAGGAGACUGCGCUCUGGAACGAGGAGGAGGGUCUCUAUUUUGAUGCUAUCCAAUGGGGCGACGGUUCACCCCAACAAAUUCCUGUCAGAUCACUCGUGGGUCUGAUACCACUAUAUGCGACACUUACCCUUGAGCCUUCUGUUAUUGAGAAGCUACCCAGCUUCAAGAAGCGCAUGGAAUGGUUCAUCGAGAAUCGUCCUGAGAUUUCUCAACGGAAUAUGGCCAAUAUGAAGGCUCGCGGCAGAGGCGAAAGACGACUACUUGCUUUGGCAAGUAAGGAACGUUUGGAGCGAAUUCUUCAAAAGAUGCUGGAUGAAAAUGAAUUCCUCAGUGAUUAUGGCAUCAGAUCCCUUUCUUUGUAUCACGAGGAACGGCCUUUUGAAAUGUGGGUCAACAGUUCCAAGUUUAGCGUGGAGUACUGGCCUGGCGAUUCGAAGUCGGGCAUGUUCGGUGGAAAUUCAAAUUGGCGAGGACCUAUUUGGCUUGCUGUGAACUUCUUGUUGAUAGAAUCGCUGCAACGGUUCCAUCAAUACUACGGACCAGAUUUCCAAAUCGAGUGCCCAACUGGCUCGGGCGACUUCAUGGAUUUGGGCAAAGUAGCGGAGGAAAUUCAGCACCGAAUUAUUCAUAUAUUCAGUCGAGACAUGGAAGGUCGGCGGGCGACAAAUGGAGGAAAUCCCAAGAUGGAUCGUGACCCUCACUUCCGAGAUUAUGUCCUUUUCCAUGAGUUCUUCCAUGGUAACGAUGGGCGUGGUCUUGGGGCGUCUCACCAAACCGGAUGGACUGGGCUGGUCGCGUACCAUAUCGUUCAGUCCGGCGUCACAUGCCGGCUCCCCCGUACACCCCGAACUCCAAAAAGCGUAUCCCUGCAUUACUUUGAUGAACACAUUGAUACGAUCUCGGAGGCAGGUGAUCAAUCGGCCUUUGACUUGCAAUCCGCACGGAGUGUUGUCAGUGCUAUCGGAGAUCUGUCGCCUGAUGCAUUGUAG